AUGGACGAGUCUACGAACCUAAUGAAAAAUAUUAAAGAAGAAUUAGCACUGAUUAAGAAAGAAAAGGAGCGCCUAACAGCUAUGAACAGCGCCCUUAAUACCGAGGUGACUUCUCUCAGGAACAGAGUUAGAGCACUUGAACAGUACUCUAGGAAGAACAAUGUGGAAGUCAACGGUAUUCCUGAGACUCCUAGGGAGGAUGUGGUCGGCCUGGUGAGAGACGUUGGUGCUGCCUUGGGAGUGGAGAUCCAGGAGAGCGACAUCUCGACGGCCCACCGAGUCCCGUCCUUCGGAAAGGACCGCCUACCGCCCCUCAUCGUCCAGUUCUCCAGGCGGUUCAUCCGGGACACAGUACUAGGCAAGUAUAAGGACAAGAAAGGGUUAACUGCUAGACAGAUAAAUUCCGCCUUCUCGGAUAAGAUCGUCUACGUCAACGAGCACCUGACUCCUGAUAACAAAAUUUUUCUUUCUAAGUUGAAAGUUAAUUGCAGAGAAAUAGGGUACCAAUACGCUUGGUGUAAGGAGGGGAAGUUUUUUGUCAGGAAAUGUCAGGGGGACCGCUGUAUCAAGGUGGACUCGUACGAUGAACUAAACAAGCUUAAAUAA